CUAAAAUGUGCAAGAUCCUCCUCCUUAUACACAGACCGGAUAAACUGUGAGGGGGAUACUGAGAGACAGACUGGGGAUUGUGUCCUGCUACUCCCUUCCCCUGUGUCCCUGGCAUUCCCCUCCCCUGCACUCACAUCUCCAGCCUGGGCUACUGGCUUAAACAAGAACAUUCGGACACAAAAGAAUCAAACUUUUAACCAAAUGGAAAGCUUGGCAGCUCCACUAAAUGAUGAAGGAUCCCAAGAGUCAGAAACAGAAAUAUUACAGAUAAAGAUAAAGGAAGAAGACUCGGACUCUGAAGAUUAUCUAAACGCAAUGGAAAACUCAGCAUUUCCACUCACUGAUAGGGUAUUACAGAUAAAAAGAGAGAAAGAGGAGCCCGACUCUGAAGAUCCUAUAAACCCUAUGGGAAUCUCAGCGGAUCCACUUACUGAUGGGGAAGUCCUGGAGGUGAAAGUAGAAAAUUCCGAGGAUGAAGAACUGGAAUCUGAUGACAAACUGAACACGAAGAAGAACUCGGCAGUUCCCAGUAACCGGGAGAAUUUCUUCUGCGGUGAGGAGAGUUGUGCCCCAAUACAGUCUGGACAUGGGAAGAGUCAGACUCCAGAAAUUUCUGAGACACUGGAAGCAGCCAAGGAGCCGGCGCAGCCAAGGAACCAGAUAGUCCCCAAAGGAGAGGAACCGUAUCCCUGCAGCGAGUGUGAGGAGCAGCUCAGUACUGAUGUACGUCUGUCUGUUCAGUACAGGGGAGAGGAGAAGAGAGAAAAGAACUCGAGGAAGAGUCGCCUCUGCUCCCAAUGGGGAAGCCACACAGGGACAAACCAUUCCCUCGCCUGGAAAGUGGGGAAAAAAAUCUCAAAGAGCAACUUCCACCGCCUGCACGUGAAAAUCCACUCAGGGGCAAAGCUUUUCCCCUGCACAGAAUGCGGGAAGCAGUUUUCCUUACGGAGCAACCUUCUUGUGCACCACAAACUCCACACGGGGGAGAAACCAUUCACCUGCACCGAAUGCGGCAAGAGAUUUUCUCAAAAGGGCAACCUGUACCGGCACCAAACCAUGCACACGGGGGAGCGCCCGUUCAUGUGCACCGAAUGCGGGAAGACGUUUUCGGAUCAGAGCAACCUUUCCGCGCACCACAAAAUCCACCGGGGGGAGAAGCCUUUCUCCUGUAGAGAAUGUGGGAAAAGCUUCUCUCACAAGGGCAACCUCUGUAGGCACCAGGAAGUGCACAUCCAGGCCAAGCAGUUCAUCUGCACGGAAUGCGGGAAAACCUUUGCUCACAAGAGCAACUUUAAGACUCACAUAAAGACCCAUAGUGCCGAGAAACUGUUCUCUUGCACCGAAUGCGGCAAAAUGUUCGCUCAUAAAGCCGUCCUUGGGCGGCACCUGGAAAUCCACAAGCCGAGGAAACCGUAUCCCUGCGCCGUGUGUGGGAGGAUCUUUACCGGUAAGUGCGCGCUUCUCACACACCAAAAGCUUCACAACGGGGAGAGCCCCUUCUCCUGUAUAGAGUGUGGGAAGAUAUUUUCUGCCAAGCACUCUCUUCUGUCGCACCUGAAGAGCCACACCGGGGAGAAAGGCUUUACUUGUACACAAUGUGGGAAAGAAUUUUCUCGGAAAAGUACCCUCCAGUCCCACUACAGAAUCCACUCGGGGGAGAAACCAUUCACGUGCAUGGAAUGUGGGAAAGCAUUCUCUCAGAAGAGCAACCUACAAACACAUUACAAAAUCCACACGGGGGAGAAACCCUUCACCUGCAUGGAGUGCGGAAGAACUUUCUCCCAGAAGAGCACGCUCUUGUCUCAUUACAAAAUGCACACGGGGGAGAGACCUUUUUCUUGCACAGAAUGUGGGAAAAGCUUCUCCCAUAAGAACAAACUUACCCUACACCAAAAAAUCCACACGGGGGAGAAACCAUUUGCUUGCACGGAAUGUGGGAAAAGGUUUCCAGAAAAGAGCAAGCUGAAAAUCCACUGGAAAAUCCACACCCGGGAGAAACCCUUCUCUUGCACCGACUGUGGGAAAAAGUUCAGCCGAGAGAGUAAUUUGUAUUUCCACCAGAAAAUGCACGCGGCAUAGGGAUUCUGCCUGGAGAGGGUGUGGGAGGAGCCUCCUAGGAGCUUUGGUUCCGCUGGAAAUGCAUGUAGGGAAAGCCUUUUAUAAUAAACAGACUGAUAAACAGACUGAUACUCACAGGGAGGAAGGCCAGUAAUCCAUAGGGAAGGUUAUAUACUGUGUAUAGAAAUGAAAGGGGCGGCACUGACUGAAGGGGGAAUUUCUACUAUCCCCCACGCAAUGGAUUUAAUGGGGUUUUUUUUUUUUUACACUGUUUGACAGAAAUUGAAUCUUUCAUGUCAUGAGUGGAAACCGUUGAAUAAAUACGCACCCCCUUGAAGACCGUAUUUAGUAGGUGCUCCUUUGGUAGCAAUUCCAGCCGUGAGUCUGUGUGGGUGGGGGUGUCUUUAUCAGCUGUGCACCCCAGGGCGCUGCCACUUUCUUCUCA